GGACGCCUUCUUGUUUUCCUUCAAAGUCCUCUAACAACGCAAGGACGAAGAUCGUGCUAACUGAAACGCAGUUACUACCCUUUUAAAGAGAUACAAUAUUGAAGAAAACCAGCAAUUCUAAUGCGAGAUACGACAAGUCGCAGCCAUGCCUGGUGGAUGUGACUCCGUGAGAUUCUCCAAAAGUGGGUGCCUUCCAGGCAGCAUCGCUCAUCAAAUUGAUAACAUCCGUCCUCGCGCUCACCAAAAAAACACAGAGAACGCAUGUAGUCUUCCAUCCUCGUCCCAUAGAAAGAUGAUUGCAGGCUUUCGUGCAAUCGAGGAUGCUAGUGUGCGUCAUCCUAUAUCGCCCGUAGGAUGUACGGUGCUAAAUGGAACUCUGGGGCGUUGCUGAAGGAUUCCUUGGCUGCCCCGCACUUCGAGUGUGUCAGUGGAUAGAUCGAACUGGUUGUAGACAACCACAACCACAAUCUUCUUUCCACAUGGUCGACCUUAUCAGCGAAGAAGCAGCCCUUGGGCGCUGGCCUAGAAGGCUUCUGCACGUACCUAGUCUUACUUCCUAUGAGUGGCAACCAGGCAACAUCUACGGUUCCGUGAAAGAGCCUGAAUACAAUGCCAUAACGUAUACAUGGGGCCGGUGGAAGUUACAGGACCAGCCAUCACCGAAAAGACCGGACGUUGCUGCUCUUCCGAUAGCCGGUAUCACAUGGUCAAUCCCGAGAGUGGACCCUGCGCACUUCACCGCCCACCAGCUCGAGCAGGCCCUUAAGAAAACAGCCGGCCUGCAGCCUUUACAUGCACAGUGGCAGGCUCGGAAGCGAGUCGAUUUCGUGUGGCUCGACGUUGCAUGCAUCGACCAACGGGCGUCUGAACCCAGCUCAGCGGCGGAGAUCGGGAGGCAAGCGGCUAUCUUCCGAGGGGCUCAGAACGCUUGCGUCUGGUACACAACACUCGAAAUGGUGACCAUGGUGAGGACUAUGGCAGCUUUCAUGAAUCUCUCGGAGACAGAUGAUCCUUCGAUUGCGGAGGAUGUUGUGCGCUUUUUGUCAGACCCUUGGUUCACAUCCCUUUGGACGUUACAGGAAGCAUUCCUCCGGCCGAACGCAUUCCUCCUGGACAAAGACGGCGAGCUACUAGAAUGGCCGCCAUGCACGGGUAUAAAAGGCAGCCCCGCGCUGUUAGAUGUCCUGGAUUGGGGCAGCCGGUGGUCCUCCAUGAGUACGGAGGAGGGUCUCGUUGACAACUCAUAUUCGAGAGCAAUCCAGCUCAUAGAUCAACGCGGAUUCAAGCCCCUAGCCUCUUUCAACGCCAUGGCGACGUGGGAGGCCGCCUUACAGCGGACAUCCACUGUACCCGAAGACCGUAUAUAUGGCAUCCAGCAAAUCUUCGGAUUCCGAUUAGGUAAAUCCAGCCUAGACGCAAACCCGGGCCGCCAUUACACUCUGGGGGAACUCGAAGACGAAUUCGGUCUUGCCCUCAUGAUGGAGUAUCCGAUAUUGAGCCAAUUUCACGGCUUCACCCAGCCAACGCCGCGAGACAAGCGCUGGCGCAUGAAUUUAUCCUCCACGAUGCCUUCGGGUGCGGGUGAUUAUGACAAUUCGUUGCCGGCACUGCUGGGUGAUGAUCAACCCCGUUGUCGUUUCAGCGUCGAGCAUUCUGCUACAGAGCGAAGGCCUGUUUGGUGGCAUGGGCCCACUGCGUCGUUGUCCGAGCUCAUCGAAGCGUGCGCUCGCGUCGCUAGAGGUGGUGCAGUCGGCGAUACAUUUUUCGCGUUUCUCGACGUUCUAGAAGAGCUGCCAACAUCAGCCGAGUUCCAAGUACCGGGAGGCCAUUUCCCCGAGGGCCAGCUACAAAAGCGGCUGCAAGAGUGGCUAAUUGAUCAUUUCCGUCCCGGAGAAGUAGAGGUGCUUCUGCUUGGGCCGUCGGACGGAAUACAUUGCAGCUAUAAGCUGGGUGUGUUGAUCCGAAAAUAUGGAGACGGCGAGUGGUUCAGGAUUGGAAUGUGUUUGUGGGAUGCCAUGGAGAUGCCAAUGAGCGAUGAGUCCUCGCCCGAACUCGACUUUUUAGCCGGAGAAGGCCGUGGGUGGACACAGAGGGUUGGGGUAUAUGGAUAUCUGGAGGCUUUCUCGAAAUGACAGGUGAGAGGACAACAUAUAGACACCUAAUACUAGGCCCGGGAUGCAGUAUCAAUUAUGGUAGCUUAAUUUUUCGGGUAAGAUCGCGAGCGGAGGUCAGCAAUAGAGAG